CAACGCUCCACUCUCUCCGUACGAGGAUGCUUUUUUCCAGUUUACACUGUUCAUCGGCCGUUUGGCGCGCAGUACAAAAUCAUAUUGUACAGUUUCCGUUGGCUAUCAGAGACUGAAAGCCAUGGAAGAAGCUUGGGUACAAGAACAAAUGGCAAAAACCGUAGCUUUCCUGAACAUUGAUGACGGAGAGGAAGAAGAAGAAGAAGAAGACUAUAUCACCGUCGAGGAAGACGACUGCGUCGCACCCAUGAUCGACUUCAGCCUCUGCCUCGUCGGGAAAUUCAUCAACGGAAGACACGGAAGCUUUGAAACAAUAAAGAAUUUCUUCGCCUCGAUAUGGAAGCCAUUGAUGGGAAUGGCUGUGACAGAGAUCGAGGCGGGCUUGUACGUGUUCAAAUUCUACAGCGAGGCGGAUCGUGACCGGGUAAUGGAUUUGUGUCCCUGGUCGUACAGAAGCCAGUUGCUCAUUCUUGAACCCAUGGGGAAACACACUGAUCCCAGAGAUGUUCCCCUGCAUCAUGCCUAUGUGUGGGUGCAAGUAACCGGAUUGAAAUGUGGAUACGUGUCCGAGAGAAUCGCCGAGAAGAUUGGGAAUGAUGUGGGAGAGUUCCUGGAGACAGAUCAAGCGAGCUUUGGGCUGUGGAGCAAACAUUUGCGCAUUAGAGUUAAACUAGAUUUGAGGAAGCCCUUGAAGCGAGGAACACGGCUGAGGAAAGGAGAGAAUGAGUGGAUCCAUGUUAGCUUUGGCUAUGAAAAAAUCUCUUCUUUCUGUUAUAUAUGUGGAUUGCUUGGCCACAGUGACAGUGUGUGUCCCGAAACACUCACUCACCCGGGGAGAUAUCUAGAGAGAAAAUAUGGACCUGAGUUGAGAAUUGACCCGAGAAAAGAAGUGGGAAUUGGAGCUAAGUGGCUGAAGGAAGAUGAAUGGUUCUCUGGAGGAAGACCAAGUUCAUCUGGAGAAAAUACAGCUGUAAGAGCUGAAAAAAAUGGUCUGCAAACUCAGAGGACGAAGCUAAUGUCACCAAAUGGCAAGGAGAAAGUUAAAGAAAAGGAUGGGGAAGCUACAGCCUUAACGAAAGAAAAGACAAGGAAGAACACCGAGGAUACCUCAACGGGGAUGGUGAAAAGAAUAGACAAAAUAACAGGAGACGUAAUUGGACCAAGCCAGAGGGGAAUUAAUACCCAUCUCCUUUUGCUAAACCAGAGAUUGGCGUGUUGUAGAACAGAUUCCGGCUUGGCAAUGAUCACCAGUUCAGGGCAACAACUUUGUCGCGCCACGUCUGCCCCUAUCAAUAGGUGGACUGGAAGGCCCUACUCCCAGAGGUACUAUGAGAAACUGCAGAAGAGGAAGACUCUUCCUGUUUGGCAUCAUAAAGAUGCGUUCUUGAAAGCCUUGAAAGACAAUCAGACCCUCAUCCUGGUUGGUGAUUCGGGUAUUGGUAAAAGCACGCAGAUACCCCAGUUUGUCCUUGAUGCCAUUGUUGUGGAAUCCCCUGAUAAGCGUAGGAAGUAUAUGAUUGGAUGCACUCAGCCACAGAGGGUUGCUGCUAUGUCUGUUUCACGCCGGUUUGCCGAAGAGAUGGACGUGACAUUUGGAGAGGAAGUUGGUUAUAGCAUUCAUUUUGAAGACCGCUCUAGUGCUCGGACAGUGUUGAAGUAUUUGACAGAUGGUAUGCUCUUAAGAGAAGCCAUGAUAGACCCUCUCUUGGGAAGAUACAAGGCUAUCAUUCUAGAUGAAGCUCAUGAAAGGACACUGGCUACUGAUGUUCUAUUUGGGCUUCUUAAGGAGGUGUUGAGAAACAGACCCGACCUCAAGCUAGUUGUCAUGAGUGCAACUCUUGAAGCUGAGAAGUUUCUGGGUUAUUUUUAUGGCGCACCUCUCAUGAAAGUUCCUGGUCGGCUACACCCUGUGGAAAUCAUUUACAAUCAGGAGCCCGAGAGGGAUUACCUUGAAGCAGCAAUUCGAACCGUGGUGCAGAUACACACAUGUGAGCCUCCUGGUGACAUCCUGGUUUUUCUAACUGGAGCCGAUGAGAUUGAGGAUGCAUGUCGGAAGAUAACAAAAGAAGUUAACGAUUUGGGAGAUAAAGUGGGUCCCAUUAAAGUGGUUCCUCUCUAUUCCACACUUCCUCCCGCGAUGCAACAGAGGAUCUUUGAAACCGCUCCCCUGCCACUUGUGGCAGGUAGUCCUCCUGGGAGGAAGGUGGUUGUCUCCACAAAUAUCGCGGAGACAUCAUUGGCUAUAGAUGGUAUAGUAUAUGUUAUUGAUCCGGGGUUUGCAAUGCAAAAAGUUUAUGACCCCAGAGUCAGUGUUGAAUCUCUGCUGCUCUCUCCUAUUUCAAAAGAAAGUGCUCACCAAAGAUCUGGAUGUGCUGGAAGAACACAGCAUGGAAAGUGUUAUAGACUCUAUACAGAAAAGUGCUUUCAUAACGUUCUCCAACCACAGACCAGUCCUGAAAUAUUUCGAUCAAACCUUUCUACUACAGUUUUAACUCUGAAGAAACUGGGGAUCGAUAACCUGGUGCGCUUCAAUUUCUUGGACCCACCCGCACCAGAAACAUUGAUGAGAGCUUUGGAGGUUUUGAAUUGCCUUGGGGCUUUGGAUGAUGAAGGAAACCUGACAAAAUUGGGUGAUAUCAUGAGUGAAUUCCCCCUGGAUCCUCAAAUGGCAAAAACGCUUGUUGUCAGCCCACAAUUCAGCUGCUCCAAUGAGAUUCUUUCUUUAUGUGCCAUGCUAUCAGCACCCAACUGCUCCAUCCAGCCUAAAGAGGGUCAAAAAACUGCAGACGAAGCGAAGGGUCGUUUUAGUCACAUUGAUGGAUAUCACAUAACACUGCUGAAUGUUUACAAUGCUUACAAGCAAAAUAAUGGGGAUCUGCUGUGGUGUUAUGAGAAUUUCAUCAAUCAUCGCAUUCUCAAGUUUGCAGACAACAAAGGCCAUGUUGGCCGGCUAUUUCAUGCAGGUGUCGCAUUUGGAACGUACCGGUCACUAUUUGACAGUGAAGGACAAUCAAGAGGUUCACUUGCACCCUUCAAACUGCCUGGACCAAAUGUCUGAAUGGGUUCUGUACAACAAGUGUAUGUUAACAAGCAAGAUAUCCAUCUGCACUGUGACUGAUAUCAGGGGUGAAUGGUUGAUCGAUAUAGCACCACAUCAUUUCAAUAUCACAAAUUCCCCCCAGUGUGAAGCAAAGCAUGCUCUUGAGAUACUGUACAAGAAGAGGGAGAGGGAAGUGGGAGAGCAGAACACGAAAAACAAGUGGGUGACACCUUUCAUCAGCUCCUAGUUGAUUUAGUUUAUUGUGUUCCCUCACUAUGAUCCCGAGACCCUACUUUUUGUGGGAU